AUGCACAUGUCUACCCCAGUGCGCCGAACUCAAUUAUUUCUCACACACAAAGACGACCCUUGUUCGUUGGAUGGCAGCACACACGCAUGUCUCACGGAGCAGAGCGGCGGUGGCGUAGGACGCAACAUGGCUGAAGCUCUAUGGAGGUUGCGCGGCGGCAGAACCAAACUCCUUACUGCCGUGGGAGAUGAUGCAGAUGGAGAAUAUUUGGCCAACAUUGCACCAGGGUUAUUACUAAAUGACUGUAUCGUAAAAAAUGCCAGUACACCUUCGUACGCUGCCGUAAUGGACUCUCGGGGCGAAUGUCUGAUCGGGCUGGGUGACAUGGCUUUGCACAAUAAUAUCUCAAUUGACUUGGUUAACAAGCAUAUUGGUAUCCUGCACGAUGCUCCGCUGGUGAUCCUCGAUGGCAAUGUGCCCCAGGCUACUAUCGACCACGUACUAGACGUUUGCCAACGUCUACGAAAACCUGGUGAGUUGAUUUAUCAAUUUUAA